AUGGUCAAAGCAAUGACCGCAUGCAAGAAGCCCCGCAUUGCUGUGGUUGGCAAUACUGGCAUUGGCAAAUCGUACAUGCAGCUUGUGAUCCUCUUGUGGUGGGCGCGUCCAGAGCUACGUCCAGUGCCCGAAAACGUCGACGACGGGGCUGCUUUGGACAAGUUUUUGGAUGACAUUGAAGCAAUCGCUCGCGUGGAGCGGGACUCUUGGACGGAUUUGUUCUUCAAGCGCGAACAACUUCAUUACGGCGUCGAUACGUUGCCACUUCCUUCAUUGCACGAGCUGGUGUUCAUGUCUGCUGUGAUGGAGAACGGCGUACGGUCCGAUUUGAAGCCACUGUACGAGGCGUCACUUGUCCGUGAACGAAUCCGAACGCAUGGCCCCUUCCUGCGGGUUGUGUUGCCUGAGAGCGCGAAUUUUUUGAAGGCUGAAGAUAAAGCGGGACGGGGUGAAUUGGCUGCGUUGACAUUGGAAAAACUCCAAAAGGCAUGGUUCAUCACCGAGAAGAGAUCUGUUGGUAUGAUGGAAAUCAGUGAUCGUAUCCUCCUCAUUGCGCCCGUGUUGGACGGCGUGUUUAAUUCGUAUACGCUGAAGCCGGCGAACGAUCUUGUGGCUGAACAUUUGGGCAAUUUGAUGUUCGACAUCGACGUGCAGCAACUCAAGAGGCAACUCAUCGCGUACAUUGCAAAUCCUGGCGAUCCCUCGGUGAGUCCCGCUGUCAAGGGGUCGAUGUCCAUUACCCUCGAAACGUUUUUCGUCAAGUAUGCCGCCGCGCACGACAUCGAACGGCGUUGGGAGGGUUGGGAAGUGGCCACAACGAAGUUCUCUGCCAAUUCAAACGACGACCCUAAUUGGACGCCGCAAUGGGAGGCCUUCUCGUUGAACGUGAAUCAAAUCAACCGGGCCAAGAAACCAACGUAUGCCGACUUUGUGGCUGCCCCCACGUCGAUCUUUUACAUGAACGACCCUGGGUAUCCGUUUGUGGACUGUUUUUGGUACGAUGACAACAUGAAGGCGGUGCACGCAGGCCAAGUAACCAUGUCGCAGGAUGGUCACCCGAAAGGCGUCGGGGCAUUCAACACCAUGAAGAAGAACAUUGAUAUUCCAGAUGGAGUCAAGAUGGUUGUCAACUACAUCACCUUGCCGUUCCAGGCCGACCGAUAUGCGAAUGGAGCCCGAAGCUACUUCUUCUCGGACGAUAACACCGCUGUCCAAGGACUGGCUAACGUCAAGCGUGUACCCAUCUACGACUAA